UACGAUUAAUAAAGCCAGGAGCUGUUGUUGUUCACUCUCUGUUCUCCUCCUGUUCUGUCAUUAACUCCUUUACACGUAACUUCCCAACUUCUACCUCAACAUCAAAGCAUCUGGUUUCUUAAAUAAACAGGCCCUGAAUGAGGCCGUGUUGUGCGGGGCGUCAGCUCUGAGAAGAAUGUGUGUGUGUGUUUGCUGGUGCUGGCAGAGCUGAGUCCAGGCCACAGGACUGAAUGUGCCUGUUGGAGGCUUCGGGGAGCUGCCGCACUUAGUCUCUUGUGGAUCUUUGUCACAUCCGGAAAUCUGAAGCAUGUGUUUGAUGAUCUCAGUGGCUCAGUAUCCUUGUCCUGGGUUGGAGAUACCACUGGGAUCAUUCUAGUCUUGACUACCUUCCAUGUACCACUGGUAAUUAUGACUUUUGGACAGUCCAAGCUGUAUCGAAGUGAGGACUAUGGAAAGAACUUUAAGGAUAUUACAAAUCUCAUCAAUAACACCUUCAUUCGGACUGAAUUUGGCAUGGCAAUUGGUCCUGAGAACUCUGGGAAGGUGAUUUUAACAGCAGAGGUGUCUGGAGGAAGUCAUGGAGGCAGAAUCUUCAGAUCAUCAGAUUUUGCAAAGAACUUUAUUCAGACCAAUCUCCCUUUUCAUCCUCUGACUCAGAUGAUGUACAGCCCUCAGAAUUCUGAUUACCUUUUAGCCCUCAGCACUGAAAAUGGCCUGUGGGUGUCCAAGAAUUUUGGGGGAAAAUGGGAAGAAAUCCACAAAGCAGUAUGUUUGGCCAAAUGGGGAUCAGGAAACACCAUCUUCUUUACCACCUAUGUGAAUGGCUCCUGCACUGACCUUGGGGCACUGGAAUUACGGAGAACUUCAGACUUGGGGAAAAGCUUUAAGACCAUUGGGGUGAAAAUCUACUCAUUUGGUCUCGGGGGACGGUUCCUUUUUGCCUCUGUGAUGGCUGAUAAGGAUACAACAAGAAGGAUUCAUGUGUCAACAGAUCAAGGGGACACGUGGAGCAUGGCCCAGCUCCCCUCCGUGGGGCAGGAACAGUUCUAUUCUAUUCUGGCAGCUAAUGAUGACAUGGUGUUCAUGCAUGUGGACGAACCUGGAGAUACUGGAUUUGGCACCAUAUUUACCUCGGACGAUCGAGGCAUUGUCUACUCCAAGUCCUUGGACAGACACCUCUACACCACCACGGGCGGUGAAACGGACUUUACCAACGUGACGUCCCUCCGUGGGGUCUAUAUGACAAGUGUGCUCUCAGAAGAUAAUUCCAUCCAGACUAUGAUCACUUUUGACCAAGGAGGAAGGUGGAAGCACCUGAGGAAGCCUGAAAACAGUGAAUGCGACGCUACCGCAAAAAAUAAGAACGAGUGCAGCCUUCAUAUUCACGCUUCCUACAGCAUCUCCCAGAAGCUAAAUGUUCCAAUGGCCCCACUCUCAGAGCCUAACGCUGUCGGCAUAGUCAUCGCCCACGGUAGCGUGGGGGAUGCCAUCUCAGUGAUGAUCCCAGAUGUGUACAUCUCAGAUGAUGGGGGUUACUCCUGGCUGAAGAUGCUGGAAGGACCCCACUAUUACACCAUCCUGGAUUCAGGGGGCAUCAUUGUAGCCAUUGAACACAGCAGCCAUCCUAUCAAUGUGAUUAAGUUCUCCACAGACGAAGGUCAGUGCUGGCAAACCUACAUGUUUACCAGGGAGCCUAUCUACUUUACCGGCCUGGCUUCAGAACCUGGAGCCAGGUCCAUGAACAUCAGCAUCUGGGGUUUCACAGAAUCUUUCCUGACUCGCCAGUGGGUCUCCUACACCAUUGAUUUUAAAGACAUCCUUGAAAGGAACUGUGAAGAGAAGGACUAUACCAUAUGGUUGGCUCACUCCACAGACCCUGGAGAUUAUGGAGAUGGCUGCAUUUUAGGCUAUAAAGAACAGUACCUGCGGCUCCGCAAGUCAUCCGUCUGCCAGAACGGUCGGGACUAUGUUGUGACCAAACAGCCAUCUGUCUGUCCCUGCUCCCUGGAGGACUUCCUCUGUGAUUUUGGCUACUUCCGUCCAGAAAAUGACUCCAAGUGUGUGGAACAGCCAGAGCUGAAGGGCCACGACCUGGAGUUUUGUCUGUAUGGGAGAGAAGAGCACCUGACGACAAACGGAUACCGUAAAAUUCCAGGAGACAGAUGCCAGGGUGGAGUGAGUCCAGCUCGGGAAGUAAAAGACUUGAAAAAGAAAUGCACGAGCAACUUUCUGAGUCCAGAAAAGCAGAAUUCCAAGUCGAAUUCUGUUCCAAUUAUCCUGGCAACUGUGGGAUUGAUGCUGGUCACAGUCGUAGCAGGAGUGCUCAUUGUGAAGAAAUACGUCUGUGGGGGAAGGUUCCUGGUGCAUCGAUACUCUGUGCUCCAGCAGCAUGCAGAGGCCAAUGGUGUGGACGGUGUGGAUGCUUUGGACACAGCCUCCCACACUAAUAAAAGUGGUUAUCACGAUGACUCAGAUGAGGACCUCCUGGAAUAGCUCGUCAAACAAGCUGGGACCGAGCAUGGAUGAUGGAACCGCAGUACCUCUUACACUCCCUGUGGCUCCGACUUGGGGAAAUAAAUUUCCCAUUGCGAGGGACCCAGCUCUGUUUCUGCUGCUUCCAUCAAAGCCAAAAGGACCUACACUAAAGAAAUGGGUGGGGGGGACCUAAACACUCUUAUAAUUGGCUCUGAGAAGAGAGGGAAAUUUUUUAAUUCUUUAACUUUUCAAGUUCUGUCUUUUUGCAAGGUACGGGCCCUUUUGGUUUUGGUUUUGGUUUUGUUUUUUAAGGGAAAUGAAAUGGAAUUGAAGGGAACUUUUCACUAACCCCACUAUUGCAUGUUUUGCAUGGCGCCUACCCGGGGCACCUGCCAGCUUCAGCAUCAGCUUGGUGCUGUCCGUGAGCUCUGCUGCCGACUCGGAGCAGCUGCAGAGAUGAGCACGGAGGCCGCGAUGACUGGCACCGCCUGGGCAGCCUUUCUCCAUCUGGGGACAGCCCUGCUCCAGCACCAUUGCACACCAGCGCCUCACACAGAUCCUUGCUUUUUGUUGUGUUUUGUUUUGUUUUUUUUCAGGGACAUAGACCACAGUGAUUUUUCUUUUCCCUUGUUUAAUUAGGCAAUACCCUUCUUAAUUGCCCUUUGGCAACUAACUUAACCAUGUGCUUCCAAAACACUAAAUCAGGAAAACUUAAAGGGCAAUAUUUUUAACUUGGGGCAGGAAGAAGGGAGCAGCAGAGAAUUGACUAGAUUUAACACUUAUUAAAGGAGAAAUUCUUACUUCUGCCGAGAUCUUUCAAGCCAUGCUUUGUGUGUGUGCCAGUGGACUUGCUCAAGGACAGGGUUCAGGCUUGCCUGGGCAGAGUGCCCAGGCCGAUGGAGCGGCCGGCGGCGGGCACGGUGCAGCCCCUGAGGACUGCACGUCACAGUCUUCCACGUCCCCCUCUGCCUGUUGCGCCAGCUCCGCGGUGAAUCGUUAGAAUGGCUGCUUACUUGCUUCCUCCUAGGUUGCUGUUGUACAUGGAGCCUUGGCGAGAUAGGUUUUCCGAUUUAUAGGCUCUUUUUUAAAAAAUUGGCGUUUUACCAGGCUCUCCUCCUCACCCCUUUUCCCCAGCUUUGCCAAGUAGUUUGUUGGCAUGAAACUUUUGGCUGAACCAACUGAAAAUACACUUCUAGUGUAGAUGAUGUUUUGUGUGAUACAUCAAGUUCAUAUUUUGAAUUUUAAAAAGUUUUCCAUUUGACAUUUUAAAAAUGAAAUAAAUUAGAGAAUGUAGCGAGGUGGAUUUUGGGGUGGCCAUGUAGUAAUGGAAAGCUGCAAUAAUUCGUUUUAAUAGAGCUCGACUAUUUGAUAUACAGGAACAUAGCAGUACAUUUUCAAUCUUAGCAUACCUGCUGUGGUGGUCACAGUUUCUGCCAUUAAUUAUGAUAGGGACAUUCUUUGGUAACUGCCAUUUUGCUGCUAGUUCAUUUUAUGGCUAGAAAGUCAGUAAAAAGUAAAUGUGCCAAAUUGACUUUUGUCAGAAUGUGUGAGCAGAUGGCUCAGUUCUCUCCUCACCAGAAUGGAUUAACAGCAGCAGGGAAAGAGGGGGAGGGAGUGGAUGAAGAAUUUUAGAGACUUUGAAACUGCAGUAAAAUUAAGUGAGUCAGGGAGUUUCAGUUGGAAAAUAAGAUUAGGGCAGUUUUUAUGAAGAGCAUUUAUGUUUGUUAGAACCAGAGAGCACUAGUCUUUUAGGAAAAGCUCAUUCAUUUUGCAAGGUUUUUAAAUUAAAAAUAGUUCCAAAGCUAUACCAGCUCACAAAUGAUAACGUAUCAGCCUUUGUCCUGGGCAGAAAAAACCUGCUCACACGCUACGCCUUUUCUCCCCACAUACACCCAUGGGGUGGACGUGCCAUCCGUGGUGAUUCUCUUGCUGGCUCUAAGAUGUAGGAAAGCUAAUAUUCUUCUCUAACCAUGUAAGAUUAGGGCUCUUUGCCUAUAAUGAUAUCUGGGAUUUCUGUGGAACUUGGCAGUUUUCACAGUACUUUUUCACUUGCAUUAUGUCACUUGAACCUCACAAAUUUUCAUGAGAUUAAAAAAAAAAGAAAAGGCAGGGGCUGCGAUCCCCAUUAGAGGUAGAACUAAGGUACGAAACGGAGCCAGUUGUUAGGGUCCUUGCGUGGCUCGAGCAGUGUCGGUGGCUGUCCUCGGAUGUCGCACGCAUUUUGGCGCGCGCUGCUGCCGGCCGCCUGGGGCAGGGCUGCUGGCUUGUACAGGACCUGCUGUUCUGUCGGACAGGGAUCAUGGUGUUUCUUUUAGAGCGCGACUGAGCGCUUUUCUGCCACCUUGGUAAACAAAUUUUAUUCUCCUAUUUUUCAUAGCUGAAAACAAAAGUAAUGGUAGUUUUGAAUUUGUGUUUAGAAACCGCCCCUCACCUCGUUGAAGGUCACUGUUCGAGAGUGCAGGGCUGGAAUCCGCACUGAGGAGUCACCCCUCCCCAUUCUCCGUGCUUUCCCAUCCCUAGCCAGCUAGCUAGCUCAGUUGGUUGAGGACUGCUAACAGGUCCAGUCUGUUAGCUUUCUGCAUCAGCCUGCUCACUCACAAGUGUGUGCCCUCUGCCAGAGAGUAAAACAGCCUAAAUCCAUGACAGCGUCUAAGAAAAAAAGAUUUCUGGUUUGUCCUACUGAUGUUAGGUUAGGAGCUUUAUCUUUGGAAAUGAAAUAAAGCAUAGUAUCGUACAAAGUCUCAGGUGUGAUGAAAGCAGAAGAGAUUAUUUCAGCAAUAAAAUUUAGCAUCGUAAGCUAGAUUGGACAUAUCAGACCGUCCAAAGUGAUCUGAGCUCUGAAAUCCAGGUGGAGAUGCCUUGGACUUAAAGGGGCUUUUGGUUUUUAGUGAGACCAGAGACCAGGGGCACGUACACCCAGACUGUUCAUCGAAUGGGAACACGGCUCAGAGGAGUAGAAGUGUUUGGAGGGUUGUGGUGGUUCUAGGCUGGGCUCAGGAGACUCGGUAGGUUAGCUGUAACUGAAGCUUAGAAUUUGCUGGCUGCCUCUGAAUAGGCUUUCUAGUGUGUCUCUCUCUCACUCUUAGGUUCGCCUCUGGGCCUCUGCAUGCCCAAGCUUGCCUUUCAUCCCUGACAGAUAAGUAAUGUGCUGGCCACCACUGGCUCUUUAAACCAUAGCUGGCUCUCCCAUGGCCUUCAUCAUGGUGCCAGGAUGGAGAGAGGAGUUCAGGGCCACCCACUUCUGCCCCAGGUGGCAGGACUAGCCCGGCUUCAGUCAUUUCUUUAUUUUCCAGGCAAUGACCCAGGUAGAGAGAUUGUCUCUUUCCUUUGAAGAGAGCUCUAAAGAGCCCUGCCCCCAUAUGCAAGGGCUUAGGGCUCGCCCUGCUUCUUGUUGGUACCUCCCCCUUGCCCCGUGUGAAGCCUGGAUACUUGGAACUGCUAAAAUAGGAAGAGAUUCAGGUUUUCAACUUUGCCACUACCUUCCCUCAAGCAGGAAAAUAAACAUGGACUUACCCGUCCUUUGAUCAAAAACCAAAGUUUAAGAUUUGCCACGUGAUAGAGAGGGCCAGACUCUCAGCACCUGCACUCAGCAGGUGCCGGACUUCCUGUCCCAUCUGCCGCGAUUUACCCAGCUCAGGCAGCCCUGGGAGCAGAGUCCUAGCAGAGCCCAGGCCUCCCCUGAUGGAGGAUAAGUGAAAUGGCAGGAAUAUUUUGAGAUUUCUAGGUUACUUUGCAUUAUAACAAUAAGAAUUAGAACAUUAAUUUGAAAUUGGCUUCAACAACUUGCUGUACACAUCUUUUCCACACCAGUACAUUCUUAAGCAUCCUUGUUUAUAAAGAAUAACAUAAACUAAUCUGUACCUUUCUAUAUAUGUGUGUGUACAUAUAUACAUGUAUAAACUGUAUAGUGUACAUGUUAAUGAUUUAUUGAAAUGUCCCAAAUCUUUAAUGCAGUUCUCAUCCUCUGCAUGCCCACAGUUUGUGAUCGGGUGACUUGAAUGUUGCCUGAUGAUUCUGCCCACCUGAUGUGUUUGGUUGUCUAGGAAGGAGGGUUUUGAUGGUAUCCUCCUUAUCCUCGUGCACAGAAAUGCUCAGGGUCCCUAUGUGCCUAUUGUCCAACCCUCUCUUGUCUCUUGUUCCCUAUCUGAGCAUGUGGUCCCUCCUUGUUCUCUAACUUCUCUACCCUCUCCCCAAGCUGUGGGACAGCUGUCUUCCUACUAAAGUGUAAAGCAGUAUUAAGAUCAUUACUGCAUGUGCGCUAAAAACCCAAGUUUUCUGUUCCCUUGGGACAGAAAAUUGCAUGUGAGGUGGGAUAAUCAAGUUUCAAUGAGCCAUGUCAGUUACACCACAAAGCCAGAUCCCAGAAUAAAAUUCCA